UUAAAAAAAUAUUCGGAAAAAAAAGAAAAGCCAAAAGUUCAGAAAUUCCACUACCACCAUAAUCAUCAACAUCGUCAACCCAUCACCGAGUUAAAGAAUCGGAAUCCUCCUCUACUGGGGUAGAGAAAACACGCAAUUAUAUAGCAACAAAUCCCGUUCCGAUCGUUUUGCAGGGGAAUAGAGAUAAUCUGGUUUAAGGGUUUUACAGAAAAAAAAGAGGAAAAGGAUGGAGAAAGUGAUGAAUAUGAUAAAGCCGAAGCCUAACCCGCAACAGUUAUUGAGAGAUUGGCAGCGUCGUCUCCGUCAAGAGUGUCGCAAUAUCGAGCGCCAAAUCCGAGAUAUACAGAGAGAAGAGAAGAAUGUGCAGAAAGCAAUUAAAGAAGCAGCAAAGAGAAAUGACAUGGGUUCUGCCAAGUCCCUUGCUAAAGAACUUGUGAGAUCUAGAAAGACAGUGAACCGUCUUUACGAGAAUAAGGCACAGAUGAAUUCAAUAUCAAUGCAUCUUGGAGAAAGUGUUGCCAUUGCUCGCACUGUGGGACAUUUAUCAAAGAGUGCUGAGGUCAUGAAGCUUGUCAAUAAUCUGAUGAAGGCUCCUGAGGUGGCUAUAACAAUGCAAGAAUUUAGUAAAGAAAUGACCAAGGCUGGUGUCAUAGAAGAGCUUGUGAAUGAUGCCGUGGACAAUGCCCUGGAUUCAGAAGACAUUGAAGAGGAGACUGAAGAAGAAGUUGAUAAGGUCUUAACUGCUAUUGCUGGUGAGACUGCUGCACAGCUUCCCGAAGCAGUCAGGAAGGAGAGGUUGAAGCAGCCUGCCCAGGAAGAUGUAGAGGAGGAUGAUGAGGAAGAGCUUGAAGAAAUUAGGGCGCGUCUCGCCAAAGUUAGAUCAUAACUUGAACCUCACAUUGUCUGCCCACAUCCCUGUGUCCCUGAGAAUGUAGAAGUAUUGUAUUGAUUAAUGCAUGCCAACGUUUGAGAUGCUGCAGCCGUAUUCCUAUCGCAGAUCGGAAGACAGAAGUUGUGAAAAACAUUACGUGUUGUACAAGAAUGGGCUCUUGUUAGAAGGAUAACCCUGGCUGUUGUGUAUAUAUGAUAAUGCACGUUGCAAGUUUUUACCGAGAGUUCUCACCGUGCCCUUUGACCUUACGGGAGAAUAACGAUCUAAAAUCUGGCAUCACUUCCUAAUGAAAAAAGCCUUAAAUUCUGUAAAA